AUGAUCCAUGGCUACGACUACCGAUUAGUUCAAAUCCCCAGGGCAGUCGGACGAUCUGGGACAUGGACCAAAGUAACUGCCAUCAAGGAAGCGUUGAAACUCUACGAAUACGUUGUAUUCCUGGAUGCAGAUUCCAUGAUGCCCUAUCCUAAUCUACCCAUGGAAUGGCUAUUCAACUACUGGGAUAUCACUCCGGAGACUCUAGUUGCCAUGGCGCUCGAUCCAGACGCACCCCACAACCGGGAUUGGAACGGUCGCACAUUUCUCAAUACUGGGUUUAUUAUUGCCCAGCAAAGCUCUCGUACCCAUGAACUCUUUGAGGCAUGGGAGAAUUGUCCCAACGAAACGCGCUAUCCAAACUGCGGGAGGUGGAGUGGGGAGUGGCCACACGAGCAAUCCGCAUUUGGGAACUAUGUUAGGUAUGACUUUAACAGAUCGGAAGAUAUUCGAGUCUUGUCUUGUGGAGAAGCAAAUGGGUGCCCUGAGGUCGCAGCUACCGGAUGUGUUGGGGAGCUGGUGAGGCACUAUUGGGGCGACAAGAGCUCGCUUCCGGCUGGUGCGGGAGAUGCAGUCUUGCAGUAUUUAAUGCCGCAGUUGCAUGGGAUUUUUAAUCGCAAUUCUCGGACUAUGGUGGUGAAUAGAACUGAGCGUAUAUUUACGUGA